ACUAGUAUCUGCCUGCUUAGAUGUAUGUAAACAUUGCGUCUGUGAGACACGUGGGUUGGAUGGUGUUCAUCGUAGGAGAGUAAGGAAGAUUAAAGACAGAUCAUGGCAGAAGAUUUAGAAGGGUGGGGGGCCACAGAUGCACCGAUGGAUGGAUAUGCAUCAGAGGGAGAACUGGAUACUCGUAAGCUUAUUGCAGCCAAGAACCGGAAAAAGAAGAAGUCUGGAGGUUUUCAGUCAAUGGGUCUCAGCAACCCAGUGUUCCGGGGAGUGAUGAAAAAAGGAUACAAGGUGCCAACCCCUAUCCAGCGUAAGACUGUUCCCUUAAUUUUAGAGGGUAAGGACGUAGUGGCAAUGGCAAGAACAGGUAGUGGAAAGACUGCCUGUUUUCUAAUACCCUUGUUUGAGAAGUUACAAAGCCACUCUGCCCAAACAGGUGCACGUGCUCUGAUUCUCUCACCCACACGUGAAUUGGCCCUACAGACCCUGAAGUUUACAAAAGAACUUGGCCGUUAUACAGGAUUGAGAGCAGCAGUCAUUGUGGGAGGAGAUAGCAUUGAAGGACAGUUUGCAGCAUUACAUGAUAAUCCUGAUAUCAUAAUAGCAGCACCUGGAAGACUGGUGCACAUCUGUGUAGAAAUGAACCUUAAACUUCAGAAUGUUGAGUAUGUAGUCUUUGAUGAGGCUGAUCGGCUGUACGAAAUGGGAUUUGCAGAACAACUUACCGAGAUAAUCAGGCGACUCCCAGAAGUUCGACAGACACUCCUAUUUUCAGCAACACUUCCAAAAAUGUUAAUUGAGUUUGCUAGAGCAGGUUUGACAGAUCCUGUUUUAAUUCGAUUGGAUGUAGAACAUGUUCUUUCAGAAAAUUUAAAGAUGGCUUUCUUCAAAUGUAACUCAGAUGACAAGUUGGCAUUACUAUUUCAUAUCCUGCAGCAUACCAUUAGUGAUCGACAGCAGUCUGUGAUAUUUGCUGCCACAAAGCAUCAUGUUGAAUAUUUACACAUGGCUCUGGAUAUGGCAAAUAUUCCUAACACUUACUGUUACUCUGCAUUAGACCCAGCUGCCAGAAAGAUCAAUGUUGCCAAGUUCCAAACAAAAAAGGUUCGAUGUCUGAUUGUGACAGAUGUAGCAGCUCGUGGUAUUGACAUUCCCCUGCUAGACAAUGUUAUCAAUUUCAACUUCCCUGCAAAACCAAAACUGUUUGUUCAUAGAGUAGGUAGAGUUGCUCGAGCUGGGAGGAGUGGUGUUGCCUUUUCUUUUGUUGCACCAGAUGAGGCUGCAUACCUUUUGGAUUUACAUCUCUUUCUUUCAAAGGAAAUCAGAUUUGCACCCCACCCUCCAGAUAAGAGCAAGAAAGAUGAUUGGAGUUAUAUGUAUGGUUCUGUACCACAAACACUCUUGGAUAAUGAAGCUGAACAGAUCAUACACAUGCACAAAACUUCAACAGAACUAACAAAUAUGCAAAAUGUGAUAAGCAAUGCCUUCAAGCAGUAUGUUAAGUCUCGACCAGCCCCCAGCAGCGAGAGUAUUAAGCGCAUGAAGGAGAGUCAUUGGGUGUGCACUGUUGGUGUACAUCCCCUUCUGAUUGCUGACAGUAUGGACAUAGAAGAGCGACGCCUGGAAAUGUUACAUGCCUUGAAAACCCUUCAGCCUAAAGGAACGGUUUUUGAAAUGAUUAAAACCCGUAAAGAUGCAAACACACAAGUAAUAAAAAAUAUGAAAGAAAAGCGGGGGUACGAUGAAAAAAGGAUUGAGGCCUUUCACAAGAACUUGCAGGCCAAACAAACUGCCAAGGAAGAAAAGGAAGCUUCAUCAAAACAGGUAACGGAAAAAUUGAAUCAUUUGGAGCAGAGUACUGCAGAGGAGGUAGAAAGUACAUUUUCAUCAAUUGUUGGCUUUGGGAAGAAGAAGAAAGACAAUAAUCAACAUAAUGGCACUCUAGAGCUAAAUAGGGGUUUGAAGAGGAAGGCUUCAGCAGAGAGUAAAGAUCAAGUACAAAGUAAAAAGAAGAAGAACAAGGAAAACCAAGACUUUAAAGACAAGCAGUUCUAUAUGUCAUAUUCACGAGACGACCAAUUUGCCGAGCAAGGAUAUUCUUUAGGUACAAGUUUCCAAAAAGAAGCUAAUGAAGCAGUUUUGGAACUUACUCAAGAUGAGGAUUUGAAGCAGAGACAGAAUAACUCAUUACAUAAAUGGGAUCGUAACAAGAAGAGAUUUGUUGGAACUCAGGAUCAGCAGAAAAAGAUCAAAACAGAGUCUGGUGUGUGGAUUGCUGCAUCAUACAAAACUAAUAGAUAUCAGAAAUGGAUAGAAAAGGGGAAGGCAGCAGCAGAAGAGAGUAGUGAUGAAGAUGAGGACAGUACAGCAGGAAUCACCAACAAAGGAAGGAAAGGAAGGAAGAAAUUCCAAACUGUCAACAGAAAAUCACAAGGAAAGAAACAUCCUCUCCUCAAAGGCAAGGAAGGACCCAAGACCAAACAUCCACCCAGAAGAGAACUAAGAACUGAAGAUGAAAUUGUCAAAGAAACAAAAAGAAUAGAAAAUGAACGCAAGAAGCAUAUGGAAAAUAUGUUAAAAAAAAGGGCCAAAAAGGGAAAAAAUAGAAAAAAUCGUGGCGGCCGUAACAAGAAAAAUAGCAGGAAAUAAUUUGAGGAAUGUAAAUCUGCACCGCAACAUAUGAUGUACAGUCAACCCUCAAUCAGCUCGCGGGUUUUGUUAAUGAAAACUCUGUGAAGACCCAAAACCGCGAUGUUCGCCUAAGGGAAGUUAAAAUUGAAAAAAAAAUUAAGAAAACCCCACUCCAUAAUGCAUUUACUUCCCACUUAUGCUCUUUAUUUUUCUUAUUUUAUAGUUUUAUAUUAUAUUUUCUUUAUUUCUAAGCUACAUCAUUUAUAUAGAGUAGAAUAAUUGUCAAAGAAGUCUGUUUUUUGAGACAUGCGAAGAGAGUCAGCUGGCUAACAUGCCAGUCAGCUGUGGCCUGCAAGAUGGUAAUGCAUGCUGUCAUUGUUAUAUAUAAUGAAACUAUAAGCGGUGUGGUUAAAUCAUUUCAAUACUCUAAAGAACUUAGAAAUGAAGAAAAUAUAAUAUAAAAAUUAUGUAGAGCAUGGGUGUGUAUUCUGUGUGGAAGCAGUGGGCAGUUUGUCAAUUGCUUAUCUGGCGACUCGGCUGGUUAGGCCUAAUUCAGUAUAAAGGCGCACCACACAACCACCUCUACUGUAAGCUUACUUUAUCCCCCUUGCCACUGAUUGCCAUGUUGAUUUCAGCAGAGAAUAUUUAAGAAAAAUAAUAAAAGCAAAAUUUAUACAAAAUGGUAAUUGUACAUGAAAGUUGUGGAAAAAUCAUUUCAAUACCUUAAUGUGACUUAGAAAUAAAUAAAAUACAGUAUAAUAUAAAACUAUAAAAUAACCAUAUGAAGAGCAUGUGUGUGUAUUCUGCGUCUCUAAGAUGCAGUGGAACUCUCCCGCGCCACCAAAGAGACCCCUUGCGGCCAGUAGCGCAAGUUGUUGAACACAUGUACAUAACCUCCCUUGCUCCCCAUGCAAUCCGUGGAGGAGCGAAGGCCACAUAGUUUAAGGGUUUACUGUACACAUAAAUAUGUUUUAAUAAAAUAGAUGAUUCAAAUGACUUAUUAAAUAAAAAAUUUAUAAUGGUUA